AUCGAAUAGAAUUCUGUGAAGUGAGUUGUAAUGAUACUCUGUCAAAAAAGUGUUGUUUUUCUCGUGUUUUUUCCUUUUUUCUAAUAUAAAUUUGGGAAUAUUAUUUUUUUAAAAUGUCUUUAGCUGACGAAUUGUUAGCAGAUCUUGAAGAAAAUGACGACGAGGAUGUGGAAAUGCAAGAAUUGGAGGAGGAAUUUAUUCCGGCUUCUAUUCCAAUACCGAUAGAAGAAGAAAUAAAAGUGCAAAGAGUUACAGAACUUUGUAAACUUUGUGUUUCAAGUCAAUUGCAAAAUGUGAUGUUACAAAUUGACAAAUAUAGCAAAAUACUUCGUAAACCAACGGAUAUUGUUGGAGCAGUUGAAUCUGAUCCGGAAUAUCAACUUAUAAUUGGAGCUAAUAAUUUAGCUGCAAAAAUAGACGACGAAAUAGGCACAAUUCAUCGAUUUACAAAAGAUAAAUAUUCAAAACGAUUCCCAGAACUCGAAUCAUUGGUUGUCGAUGCUUUGGAAUAUGUAAUGACAGUACGAGAAUUGGGAAAUGAUUUGGAUCGUGCUAAAAAUAAUGAAAUUCUUCAACAAUUUCUUACACAAGCCAUUAUUAUGGUUGUUUCAGUUACAGCAUCAACGACUCAAGGUCAAUUGUUGACGGAAGAGGAGAAAGAUGCAAUUUUUGAAGCCUGUGAUAUUGCCGUUGAUUUGAAUAAUUAUAAAAUAAAAAUAUUCGAAUAUGUCGAAAGUAGAAUGGCUUUUAUUGCUCCGAAUCUCUCGAUUAUUGUUGGUUCUUCCACUGCUGCCAAAAUUAUGGGUGUCGCUGGUGGUUUGACGAAAUUAUCAAGAAUUCCCGCGUGUAAUGUUUUAGUUCUUGGGACAAAAAAGACGACGCUUUCGGGAUUUUCACAAACAUCAACUCUACCGCACGCGGGAUUUAUUUAUUAUUCCGAUAUUGUUCAAGAAACACCGCCCGAUCUUCACAGAAAAGCGGCAAGACUUGUUGCUGCAAAAUGCAUUUUGGCGGCACGUGUUGACGCAUCGCACGAGAGCACUGAUGGGCAAAUUGGACGAAUGUUUCGCGAUGAAAUUGAGAAAAAACUCGAUAAAUUACAAGAGCCACCGCCAGUGAAAUUUGUGAAACCAUUGCCAAAACCAAUUGAUCCCGGCAGGAAGAAGCGAGGUGGAAAACGAGUUCGUAAAAUGAAGGAGCGUUAUGCAAUAACGGAAUUCAGAAAACAUGCGAAUCGAUUAAAUUUUGCAGACAUUGAAAGCGACGCUUAUCAAGAGGAUUUGGGAUACUCGAGGGGGACAAUUGGCAAAGCUGGAACGGGACGAAUUCGAUUACCGCAAGUUGAUGAAAAAACAAAGGUACGAAUUUCCAAAACCCUUCAAAAGAAUCUUCAGAAACAACAACAAUGGGGUGGCAGUACAACGGUGAAAAAACAUGUUUCCGGAACAGCCUCGAGCGUUGCAUUUACACCUUUACAGGGUUUGGAAAUAGUAAAUCCACAGGCAGCGGAAAAGAAAAUAAACGAAGCAAAUGGAAAAUACUUUUCAAAUACAGCUGCUUUUUUCAAAGUGAAAAAAUCGACGUAAAUUAUUUGAAUUUCUAUUUGGUAAUUAUAUAUUAUUACUAAUUUUAAGAUAUUAACGAAAUAAAUGUACGUUAAAAUAAACAAAAAAAAAAUUGCAUUAAUAUUAUUAACAAUAUAAACUGUUUUAUAAAGUAAA